AAUUGCACCUGCAACACAUCACAAAUUCAUUUGUGAUGAAGACGUGUGGGGCAGGUCUUAAGCCAUGUCAGCCCUCCUGAACAGACGUGUAGCUGCAGGCUGCUGCUGCAGGUUGUGGCCUACUGUUUCCCAGUCACUUGUCCACAUCAGAACACAGAGUGCAGCUGAACCAGGCACAACUAAAGCUGAUGAAGAACACCUCUGGGAGGCAGCAGCAGGUUACCUACCRUUCAGCAGAGCCAGGAUAGGACCUUUCUUUCAGGACCAACCGGUUCUGAAGAACCCGUUUCUGGAGGAUGCUUUGCUCAAAGGAUAUCUUAGGAGACAUCUGCCUGAGGAGGCAGUUUUCUCAGACUUGAGUGCGUUUGGAGAGCGUUUGGCCAAAGAAGUGGACACAUGGGGCAGAGAGUGUGAGGUUAACCCUCCACGGCUGGUGCAUUUUGACCCCUGGGGUCGCAGAGUGGACCACAUUGUGACUUCCGAGGCCUGGAAGCGUAUGAAAGACCUGUCAGCACGAGAAGGACUCGUCGCCAUAGGAUAUGAGAAAUUAUUUGGGGAGUGGAGCCGUGUUUAUCAGAUGAGCAAGUUGUACAUUUAUUCCCCCUCAUCUGGUCUGUACAGCUGUCCUCUGGCCAUGACUGAUGGAGCUGCAAAGGUCAUCCAGUCCAUAGGUUUACCACCUGUGUGUGAAGAAGCGUUUGGCCGUCUGACCAGCCGCCAGCCUGAACGUUUCUGGACAUCUGGACAGUGGAUGACUGAGAGACAAGGAGGAUCUGAUGUGGGCAGCGGCACUGAGACUGUGGCCGUACCCCAAACAGACGGUUCAUACAAACUGCACGGCUUCAAGUGGUUUACGUCUGCCACGGACGCAAAUAUGAGUCUUACUUUAGCAAGAGCUCAGGACAGCAGAGGAGCUACCACACCAGGGAGCAAGGGGCUGUCUCUGUUUUACGCAGAGGUGAGUCGAGACGAGGACGGCCUACUGAGGGGAAUAGAAGUUCAGAGACUGAAGGAGAAACUGGGAACACGACAGAUGCCGACCGCUGAGUUACUGCUGGAUGGCCUGCCUGCACACAGACUCUCAGAAGAAGGGAGAGGUGUGGCGUCCAUAGCGAACAUGCUGACCAUAACCAGGAUUCACAACAGUGUGUCUGCAGUAGCUGGGAUGAGAAGAGUUGUCCUGUUGGCRCGUGACUACGCCACUCGCCGCACCGUUUUCGGAAAGCUUCUUAAAGACCACCCGCUGCACGUUCARACUCUGGCRCGGAUGGAGGUGGAGACUCGUGGAGCUUUUCUCCUGGUGAUGGAGCUGUGUCGCCUGUUGGGUCGAGAAGAGAGCGGCCUGGCCAGCCAGCUGGACGCCCACCUCCUCCGUCUGCUCACCCCCGUGGUCAAGCUGUACACGGGGAAGCAGGCAGUAGCUGUCAUAUCGGAGGGUUUGGAAAGCUUCGGCGGACAGGGCUACAUCGAGGAUACAGGGCUGCCUGGAAUGCUUCGUGAUGCACAGGUGCUGAGUAUAUGGGAAGGUACAACAAACGUUCUAUCCCUGGAUGUGCUGCGCUGCGUGGCUCGUAGCUCAGGAAUGGUCCUGCACGCCUACUUCACCCACGUCAAGUCGCUGCUUGCAGGCGCCUCUAGUGUUUCCUCAUUAACCCCAGCUGUGAAAGCCGUUGGCGGCGCUCUGUCUGAGCURGAGGAGUUUGUUCAGGUGGCUGCUUCUAAAGGACCAAACUACCUGGAACUAGCAUCCAGAGACCUGGCAUACAGCUUGGCUCGCAUCUACGCAGGUGCGCUUCUUAUUGACCACGCUUGUUGGAAAGAGGCCUCUCCACACGACACUUACGCAGCUCUCAGGUGGUGUGAACAGGACUUGUGUCUUGUGGUAACUAAACAGAAGAGCGGCUGUUAUGAGUCCAGCACGGCACCCCUCGACUCUGGGCUGGUUUAUGAGUAGCUGAUUUAAGAGCUAUCACUGAACACUGAUCUAUUCACGGCUCGAUCUGAAUUGUUAGUUCUUAAAUGUAAUAUAAUGACACGCCAUUACUAAAUUUGACUGUUUUGUUUGUGUUAAUUUCUGAGAAUGUAUUUAUUUUAAAAAAAUCUGUACUAAAUGAGCGUAACAGGGAUGAUCUUUUGAUGUUCUGUUUGCACCUUUGACCUCAGUGCAUAUGAAUUAUUUGCUUCACAGCUACAGUAUAUUCAGUCCUACAGUUACUGAAAGGUGACAGCAGUCCAACAGAUUACCUGCAUUUCAGGUCUGAUAUUAUAGGUUUACUUCCUGUAAUUUUGGAAUAAAUAAUAGUUGUUUUGGGCUUUUGUGAGCAAUGAGUGAAAACAUUUUUUGUCCUUUCUGUAAAUUAUGUUGAUCAGUUUUACUGUGUGAGAAAAUGUAAGCACAGCAUGCUUUGUCUUAAUCACCUAUARUAAAAUAUGCUGUUUGAAUACAGUUAAAUGCAAA